CCGAUCAACCGAAUUCUCUCUCUUAUUUACACUUUCCCACUUCUCUCUCUAACUUUAGCAUCGGAGGAGGUCCCAGGUUACCCCUGAGGACCUUUCUUGUAGGAUCUCGGAGGUCGCCUCUCAUCUAUCGAAGCCGCCAGGGGUCGUGGAGUCUCACUCAACCGCCUGGUACGAUCCAGGUAUAAACAUUUUGGCGCCCACCUUGGGGCCUCACGACUUCAUUGCCAAGAAAGAUGGGAGAUGAUUUCGAGACCCCUCUCAAAGGGAUGACAGAAAACAAUACUCUCCGGGGCUUAUCGCCGAGAGUGGAAGACGAGAGUGAGCUCGAAGAAGUUGUCAAGAGCCAGGGCAUGCAAAUAGCAAACAUGCAGGACAGUCUCUCCCAGAUCCUUCAACUCUUGAAGACACGAGAAGAGACCGCAGAAGGGUCUAAGGGAAAGACGCGCGAGGACAAGCAAAAGGCAGUCCUGGUCCUCGACAGCCCUGCCCGGACAGAAGGCGGAGGACCGGACGCGGAGGAAACAGACCUCGGAUUCUUGGAAGAGCACUUGCGAUCAACUUAUGGGAAGCACAAGAGUCCCAACGUCCUCCAAAACCCGCUGUCAAGGGAACUGUUUAAGACCCCGGUUCCUCCCAAUUUCUCCUCAAUGGGACUUCCGACUUACAGCGGGACAUCAGAUCCCGCGGACCACCUUUGCGCUUUCAUGUUGAAGAUGCAACUCAUCAAUGCGUCCGACUCGGACCUAUGCAAGGCGUUUCCGGUAACCUUCAGCGGUCAAUGCCGCACCUGGUAUACCUCACUACCGGAAGGCAUCAUCGAGAAUUUUGAGCAAUUCGCGAUGUUGUUCUCGACAAAGUUUGCGUCUCAAAGGCGCCGCAAGCUCACUGUCUCAUCCCUCAUUAACUGCAGACAGAAGAAGGAAGAAUCCCUCGCCGAGUUCUACGACCGCUGGAACGCGAUCACUUGCGAAAUAGAUGGCAUCUCCUCGGUCGUAGCCGCCGGCAACCUCAGGAUAUCAACGACCAGCAUCGAACUCAAGAGAACUUUGAUAAAGAAAGAAGCGGCCCUGACCUCUUGGUCUGAACUGGACCAGCUGGCGAGACGGGCAAUCUUGCUCGAAGAGGCGCUAGCCACAGAAGACCGCUCCCAGUCAGGCCGCCAGCAGGGAGAUCACCAAGAGCGUGGAGACACGCGACGGGGAAGACGCUCCCCAGAUCGAAGGCCAUAUCGCAACCGGUACUCUGACCGAGAAGGAAAGAAGGAAGUACUCUCUACAGACCGCGAGAGAGGAAGAGAUAGGCGACGAGGAGGAAGGAAGCAAGAGAUUCCCUCGGGACAAGAACCCCAGGAGGGGAAGAAAUGGUGCGACUGGCACCAAAUCAUGACUCACGACACCACAGAGUGUCGAGAGUUCAAGGCUAGCCUCCGGUACCUAGCCCCAGGCGAUUUGAGAAGCCGUCUGGAGACAAGACGCUCUCAUCGCGGGAACUCGCAAGAGGCGCGGGAAGAUUCUCACAGCCCCGACCUAGAAAAAGCAAGGAGGACGAGAAAGGAACGAUCGAGGUCGCCUGCCAGGAACAAGAUCGGGUCGCCCCAGAGGCAAUCUCCCACCUACCGGCCCCAACGCAACGACGACGACGGAAUGGAGGUCAUCACCAUCGUUGGGGGACGGAAACGACCCAGGACGGAAGGAGACCGCAUAGCCCAAUGCCUCAAUGUCCAGGCAAAGGCAACCACGGAUGUCACAUUCCUACCCUCCGAGCUGGCUAAAGAGGAAAACUCAGAAGACCCGCUGGUCAUAUCUUUCAGGACCGCAAAGUUCAAAGUCACUCGCGCCCUCGUCGACAACAGAAGCUCCGCUGACAUCCUUUUCUAUUCGGCACUCAAAGGAAUGAAGAAGAGUGUUCAAGACCUAAGUCCAUCAAACACCAGCCUGGUGGGAUUCUCAGGGACAAAGGUCCGUGUUCUGGGCUCAAUCAUUCUUAAGGUCACCAUCGGCGAAGAAGGAAUCACCAAGACAAAGCCGAUAGAAUUCCAUGUAGCAGACUGCCCCUCCGCGUACAAUGCCAUCCUAGGACGCGGUUUUUUAGCCUCAUUCGAGGCGGUCGCUUCGACUUGCCAUCAAAUGCUGAAGUUUCCCAGUGGAGGACAAAUGGGACGAGUCCGAGGAAACGCCAAAGAAGCCAAGGAAUGCUACCAGGCGACAGUCGAGCACCUGGAGAUUGACCUCAUAGACUCACGAGGCGACGUCCCGCACCCUGAAGCCGUCGAAGGGGACAUCGCAGUCGCCCUAGACGAGGGGCGCCCAGAGAGGACGGUCCGCAUCUCGUCUCACCUGGCGGUUGAAGAGGCGCAUAAGCUACUUACACUCCUCCGAGAGUUUGAAGACCUCUUUGCGUGGGGGCCGGAGGAUAUGCCGGGCGUGCCCAGACACGUGUCCGAGCAUCACCUAUCAGUCAAACAGAAAAUGCGACCCAUCCAACAAAGGAGAAGGCAUCUAUCGGUGGAAAAACAAAUGGCCCUCGAAGAGGAAAUACGACGGCUGCUCAAGGCCGGCUUCAUCAAAGAGGUGAAGUACCCUACGUGGCUCUCAAAUCCCGUCUUCGUGAGAAAGGCAGGGGGUGCUUGGAGGAUGUGCAUCGAUUUCCCGAGCCUCAACGCGGCCUGUACCAAAGACUCGUACCCCUUGCCCCGCAUCGACCAACUGAUCGAUGGAACCACAAAUCACGAGGCGCUCAGUUUCUUAGACAUAUUUUCAGGAUAUCAUCAAAUCCGAAUGGCUGAAAGCGACCAAGAGUACACAGCCUUCAUGACACCCAUGGGCAACUUCUGCUACGUGGUCAUGCCAUUCGGGUUGAAAAAUGCUGGUGCGACCUAUCAGCGCAUGGUGGAUGCGGUCUUCACGAACCAAAUGGGGAGGAACGUUGAAGCAUAUGUCGACGACGUGUUGGUCAAGAGCAGGAAGGCAGGAGAUCACUUGACCAACUUGCGAGAAACGUUCGAGACACUAAGGCGAAGGAACCUGAGGCUCAAUCCCCUCAAAUGCGUCUUCGGUGCGGAGGCGGGAAAGUUCCUCGGGUUUAUGAUCACCAAUAGGGGGAUAGAGGCCAACCCAAAGCAAAUCGAAGCCAUACGCAGCCUGAAGCCGCCCAAGACCAUCAAGGAGAUACAAGCGUUCAACGGAAAAAUGGCAGCACUCGGGCAAUUCAUCCCACGGUCAGCCGACAAGUGCUCCCCUUUUUUCCAAAUGCUAAAGAAGACGGCCUCAAAGCUACAAUGGAACGAAGAGUGUGACAAAGCCUUCGCUUUGCUGACAAACCAACUUAGCUCCCCGCCAGUCUUGAGCGCCCCCAUCAGAGGAGAACGGCUCUAUCUGUACUUAGCGGUCUCCGAGCAGGCGGUCAGCUCAGCACUCGUAAGAAGGGCACAAGAUGGCUCUGAUCAACCCGUCUACUACGUGAGCAAAGCGCUCCUUCCGGCCGAAACCCGCUACCUCCCAGUGGAGAAAGCCGUCCUAGCAGUAACCUCAGCAGCUAGGAAGUUAAGGCCGUACUUCCAAGAACACCCUAUCACAGUCCUAGCUCACCUCCCACUGAAGAGUAUCAUGAGGGGCAUGGACGCCUCAGGGCGGUUAACCAAGUGGGCCAUAGAGCUUAGUGAGUACGACAUUGAAUACGCCCCCCGACCUGCCAUCAAGGGCCAGGUACUCGCUGACUUUAUCGCAGAAAGAUUUUCCCUGGAUACUUCUCCGUCGGAAGAUAGACCGCAAGUAUGGCGUCUAUUCAUUGAUGGGGCAGCCGGAAAAACCGCCUUAGGAGCAGGAAUAGUGAUUGAGUCUCCAGAAGGAGUAGUACAUGAAAUUUCGCUAAGGUUCAAGGACAUCAAGACCAACAAUGCCGCCGAAUAUGAGGCACUCAUCAACGGUCUAAGGAUACUCUCCAACAUGGGUGCGUCAGAUGUCCACAUAUUUUCCGAUUCCCUCUUGGUGGUCAAACAGGUCCAUAAAGCCUUCGAAAUCAAGGAUGAGAAGCUGGCGGUCUUAGCCAAUCGAGUUCGAAGUGCGUUAGGACAGCUGAACACAUGGAAACUUGAUCAUGUCCGGCGGGAUGACAAUCAAUGAUAGGGCAAAAGCGUAUAGCUUCAAUUCCUAUCUCGUAGUAAACCGGAAAGUCCGGGUAUCGUCUCUCAGGGACUGGUACAACCUUAUAUUCUAUCAAAUUUAUGAGCAAACUAUAAGUGAAAAUGGUUUGAGAUAUAAACUAAUUUCUAAAAGCAAAAUAAUUAAACUAAUUAAGCAAAGUAAACUUGUCGGGAGAAAUUCAAUGGGAGAAGCUCUGGGAGAAACACCGGGAUUCACUACCUAUCCUAUCCAGAUUAAUUCACCUAUUCCAAUCAAUUUAAUCCAUACCUCUACAGCCAGGAUAUCACGAAUGUGCUAGCUAUCCCUGUCGGGAAUUACUACGUACUAAACAAUUAAAUCAAAUCCUACUGUCGUAGCUCAAUGACCUAAUUAUUCAGCCUGAAGAUCGAUAUCCUAUUGAAGACCGCAUAGCACCUUAUUUAAUCCACUGUCGCUUCGAUAAGUUACUAUGUCACAUGAAAUAGGUUCAGUUAAUAGGGUUUCACUGUCGCUAAUAACCUAAUCAACUACGAAUCGUUGUAUUGGUGGCCAGUCAACACAAAGCAUUAAGUAGUUUCAUGCAAUAGAGAUUGGAAGAAAAGAAUCAUGAAUCAAUCCAUCAAAUCAAGAAAUAGCUACAUCCUAUGGUGUUUCCCCCAGAAAUUGGGGUUUAUUUCAUGACGAAAUUAAGAUAAAACGAUAGGGUUUUGUUCAUCAUGUUCUAAAUCAACAAGAAACAACUAAUCAGGUUUAGAAAAUCCAACCAACUAAUCGCUCUCGUUGAAUUCGGCUCAAGCCGCCUGAAAAAUUGAUCGCUGCUCGAACAAUCGCCCCCGCUGCCUUCCUCCGCGCGACUCGUCUCCAAAUAAUUCCCCCCGAGAAUCCGUCCGCUUCUGCUUUUUUUUUUCUCCCCCAGGAAUCCGUCCCCAAACCAAACAAAAAACGUCCUCCCAAAAACCCUUUUCCGUCCAAAAUUAUAAUUCCCCCCUCAAAGAGAUUUCCGUUCCUUUCCUCCUCCUUGGGCCAAAAAUGGCCGCCACAUCACCUUGGCCCAUUCAUGAUGUCAGUUGAUCGCCCAGCAAGUCCAAUUCCGCCAGCAUUAAUUCAAAGUCCCAUCCAUUUGGGCUUUGGCCCAAUCACUUGUUGUGCACUCGCUUCUUUUUCGUGCUUUCUCCACCUGUAACAUAUCAAACUCAUGGCACUAGACAGUAAUGGUUUUUCAACCAUUUCCGGGUUAGCGAGCCCUAAAAUAGCACCAAUUGGCUAAAACAUACCACGGAUAAUCACAUAAAGUCCAAGAAUCCGAUAUAUUAAAGCCGAAUAUCACAACCCCACACUCAAUUGUUGCUUGUCCCUAAGCAACGACUCAAACAACACAAACACAUAAUCAUCCAAAACAAUGAUACACCACAGACUCAACACUCAAACACUCAAAACAAAACAAAUUUUUCCUUGUACUCUUGUUGUAAUCAGUAGUUUCUUUCUCAAGAAUAAGUUGUGCUUUAAUGAUCAUACCUUUCACCCCACACUCAAGUUCUUUGCAACCACUACCAUUGACUGACUCAAAUCCAUCAAAAACUCAAAUAGCAACACUCACUUUCGAUCGUCGGUAGUGGGUGGUUAACAACUUAUGGUGCAACAAUUAUUAGGAGAAUCUAACCACAUCAGUGAGGUGCACAUCUCGUGAGGACAAUCUGGCUUACUCACACCAAUCAUAAGCAAUUAAUUAAGCAUGAGUCU